AUGAAAAAGAGUAUCAAACUGACUCCGGAAGAGGCAACAUUGCGGCAGUUGUUCCUUGACAUAUCCUCUUACCUCGUCACACUCGGGGAUUACCGCAAAAAGCCAGAACUCAGAUUCGCUGGAGGAUGGGUGCGAGACAAGCUAUUAAAUUUACCUAGCAAGGACAUCGAUGUUGCCAUAAGCAAUAUGACUGGCUCUGAGUUUGGAUCUCUAAUGAAGCAAUACGUGGAGCUGCCCGAAGCACGGCAUAAAUACGGAAACAACAUUCUUGGUCGCUUAGCCAAAAUUGAAGCAAACCCUGAAAAAUCGAAGCAUCUCGAGACUGCUACAAUGAAGGUUCUCGGUUUUGACAUAGACUUGGUCAACCUUCGCAAAGAAACGUAUACCAAUGACAGCCGCAACCCUACUGUGGAAUUUGGCACCCCCAAAGAAGACGCUCUUCGUCGAGAUUCGACCAUCAACGCCCUGUUCUACAACCUUGAAACGUCCAAAGUAGAGGACUUUACUGGAAGAGGGUUUCAAGACAUGAAACGCAAAGUCAUCAAGACACCGUUGGCACCCUUGCAAACGUUCAAAGAUGACCCUUUGAGGGUGCUGAGAAGUAUACGCUUCGCGAGCCGCCUGAUGUAUGAAAUUGAUCCCGAAGAUGAGAUGGCCAUGAGGGAUCGUGCUAUCAAAGCUGCACUAAGACUCAAGAUCACCCGCGACAGAGUGCGUGUCGAGAUAUUGAAGAUGCUGGGGUGGCCAGAACCGCAUCAAUCGCUCUGUUUUUUGGAAGGACCAAGCCCUCACAGAGCGCUAUCUUUAAUUGAUCGUCUUGGCUUGUAUAAUGAAGUCUUCACUGAUCCUACUAUUGCAGACUGCAAGUUGGUUGACACUGCGAACUGGUGUCAAACCUACAACCAGCUACGGGACAUCAUUAUGACAGGAUCAGAAGGAUCAACCUCUCCGGAAUCUUUCAAGACCAUUCGACCAAUCUUAUUACAAAACCCUGAGGAUUUUUACCAUGCAUGGAUACUGACAUGCUUUGUUCCCUGGGCGAGGGAGCCUCCAAGGUCUCCCCAGAAAUCUUCCAAACGACCAAUAAGUGCGGCAGGUCUUGCAGCACGAGAAGGUAUCAAAGCCGAAAACAAGAUCUACAAACUUGUUGACGAUGCUGUCACUCAUCUGCAAGACAUUGUCGAAAAGAAGAACGCCGUCAGUCACGAGGAUCAGACGACGACCCUACCCUUAAAGCGGAAGCAGGGAGCCUGCGCUGAAAGUCAACGCGAAUUGCAAGGAAUGGCCAUUCGCAAGUGGGGACCCAACUGGCGAAGUAGUGCCAUGUACGCUCUGCUAGCCGAAGUUGCGGAGGCCAAGACAGUGACUGAUUCCCGGGCGGUCUUGGACGGAUACUCCUCGUGGCUAUUGCAACUUCAAUCACUCAACCUUCUGAAAGCAUAUGAAACACCGCUACUCGUGAAGGGUGAUGGGCUAAUGGAAGCCUUCAAUUGCAAAGGUGGGAACUGGCUGCCUGCAGCUUUGGAUUGCGUGAUGAAAUGGCAACUUCGCAACCCAGACCGGAAGGACGCUGCGGGUGCUAUCGCAGAGGUUUUGGAAAGGAAGGAGGAGCUGAACAUCCCGCCCUGA